CUUGGACCCAACAGAAGAGAGCCCUGCUCCAGCUCCUUCCUUCUGUUCGUCCGGCCGGCCGGCGGCUGCAACGGUGACCAGCGGGCAGAUCUCCGAAUCCGCGCGGCAUCCAUUGAGCUAGGUAGCUCUGUAGAUGGAUCUGGGCUGAUGAAUGGAUCCAGCAUCAGGCUUCCAAUCGGUGAGUCUAUCAAUCUGAAGCUUCAUUCCGCAAGUCUUCUUCAGCCUAUCUUGAGCCAAGGAAACAAAUGCCACCGGUAAAGACUAAAGAUGGGGAAUUUUACGAAUGAGCAGAUGCAAGACGGGACAUUUGAUCUGCUUUCAGUGUAAGAUGAUGAAAUUUGGCAAAGGCACAAGCAGCAGUCGGCAUUUAAUUGGUUAGCGUGUUCCCAGUCCCACCUCAGAUGAGUGGCCUCUGUUCCUCACCGGUGCCGCCACUGGACGAUGAGGACCUCCUUCAGGAGAUCCUCCUCUGCCUCCCUCCGCUUCCAUCCUCGCUUCCCCGCGCAUCCGCUGUAUGCAAGCGCUGGUACAAAAUCCUCUCUGACCCACGGUUCCUCUACCGCUUCCGCAAACACCACCGGAAACCGCCACUCAUUGGCUUCUUUUGACAAAGAAUUUGGUCGAGCCCCCGUCUUCACUCCGAUGCUGGACCCGCCAAACCGCAUCCCCGUCAGCUUCGCCCUGCCAGAGAACCUCCUUGGUUGGACUCCAUGGGCCAACCUGCUCAUACGUGUGGAGUUCUCUUUCUUUGGCUGCCGACACGGCAUUGCACUCUUCCUUGACCGCCCGCGCCAUGAGGCUGUCUUGUGGGAUCCCUACACCAACGUGCAGCAUCGUGUAGCUUUUCCACCGGGUUUCGAUAAUCAGCAAGCUAACUUCAUCAGGAGCGCUGCGGUGCUGUGUUCUGCUGGCGACGUGCAGCAUGUGCAUGGUGAUUGCCACUUGAGCCCAUACAAACUGGUAUUGGCAUGCCAUGACGCUAAACACACAAAGGCGUUUGUUUGCAUCUAUGAAUCCAAGUCUGGCAUAUGGGAAGAUAGUAUCUCCGUAGCGACUACAGAUGUGAUUUCUAGGAACAGGCCUAGCAUAUUGGUUAGGAAUACACUUUGUUGGUUGCUUCAUGGAGGCGGUAUUCUUGAGUUUGAUUUUGAAAGGCUGACUCUUGAUGUGAUUGAGAAGCCUGCAAGUGUCGAUGUUACUAAUACUCGCGGCGUCGACUGGUCCUUUCAAAUCAUACGAGGAGAGGAUAAUGGCCUCGGCCUUGCUGUUUUGCCAAAGCCAGAACUAAGCAUUCAGUUAUGGGCGAAGAAUUCCGACUGUGAUGGUGUUGUCUCAUGGGUGCUAUAGAAAACCGUCCAAUUGGAUGAGCUCUUUACACGACCCUUAAGUUUGGGCGUGGCAAAACUUGUCCUGAUGCCAGGGUAUGAUGAAGACACAAAUGUGGUCUUUUUAUCUUCGGUUUCUCAUGACUUCAUGCUCCAACUUGAGUCAAUGCAGUUCAAAUAUAUUGGUAGAAGAGAGUACCAGAGUUCUAGAUUCUAUUAUCCGCAUACAAAUUUCUAUACUGCAGGUAGGGGCAUUGCUGCUGGAGAUUGUGGAGCUGAAAAUGUCAAUGCAUGAGAUAUGCUAAUAUGCUAUGUUGGCUGAACAGGCGUUGUAUCCGGAGUUCUCUCCAGGGAGCUUAGGUGCAUAAAUGCUCUUUGCUGUAGGUUCCUCCGCUUCUGUCUGCUGUGGCUGCUAUCGUGGUCGACGCUGAAAUUAAUCGUACUUUGUACGGCGUGUCCUGUGAAAUUGACUUGUAGGGUUUAAAUUUUGUAAUUUCCUCACUUCUUUGUAGUACCACUAUCUAAUACUCCCUCCGUUCCUAAAUGUAAGUCUUUUUAGAGAUUCCAAUAAGAGACUACAUACGGAGCAAAUUGAGUGAAUCUACACUCUAAACUAAGUCUAUAUACAUCCGUAUGUUUUCCAUAAUGAAAUAUCUAGAAAGACUUAUAUUUAGUCCUGUUGCAUGGCUGGUUAUUUCCUCGUCAGAGUUGCUUCUGUUUGUAUAUUUGCACCAGGCUGCUGAUUUUGCUUUCUAUCUCAAUAACUUGGUGCUUCACUACAUGUUGGUCGUAUUUUUUCCAUGUGUCUUUUCAUCUUUCGAUAUCUGCUACCGAUAGUCCGAUACCCUAGUGUUGAAUUUGGACCAGGUUCUAAACUGUGCAUGUUGUUGCUUCAAAACUGUGAAUCCACUUUUGUUCAAGAUCCAUAUUGAUAGGGUUUGUUCAGUUCAGUUAUGCAGAGACUACCUAAUGAUGGUUUGUAGGAAUAUGGACCAAAGCUACAGGAAACCAUUAUCUUUGAGGUUUCAGAAGAGGGUCUCAAGCCUAGUACUACAAUUCAUAGGCAAGAUCUCUCUUUCUUAUGGGACAUAUAUCUUGCUACAAAAUUCAUAGUUCCCGUGCGGCAUCAACAACUACUUUAUGCAGUUCCUGAACUGUAGCAGUGUGUGCGUAGCACUAUAGCACCUGGACUAGUUCAGUCAUGAUGCGUGCCUUGCAAUUUUGUGUCUGCUCUGUUUGUUAUGCAUGCUAUUUUGCAAAAUCGGUCUUUGUUGUUCACCAUUGCUGAAUUGGUUUCUGUUAGCUAUAUGUAGCGCCUGUACUAGUUCAGUAAGGAGUUGAAACCAGCAUUUGUGGAAGCCCUCCUUGUGAAUGGAUGAACAAGCAAUAAUGAGCUCUAGUAAGCGCAUGAGCUGCUGAUGAACUCAGUAGUAUGAAACAUAGAUGCAUGUAGUAGCUAGUUAGAUUUAAUUAAGGGAGCUAAAGUGUGAUUCACUGUCGCAGUAUCAAUUGAUGUCUGCUGUAUGAUUAUUUCUGUUGCAGGAACAAGUGAAAAUACAGCUUCAUUUUCAAAGCUCAAUCCUCUGGUAAAUAGAUGAGGAACAUAUGAUGUUGUAUGUUGAGACUUUGAACAACCAGAUAGCUAGGUACACUUGUAAAUCCUCUUUACAAUAACAAACACAACAUAGAUAUUGAUUUCCUCAUUGUGAUCUCAAGGCUUGUGCCAACAGGUUGGCCAUGGCGUUGAUAAUGCACGAUCACCGGCCGCAUGGAAGUGUUUUUUGUAAGGGAAUGCAUGCAGGUAUUGGCGCUGAGGCUGAAUGGAAAGACUUAUUCAGAGUCUCAGGUGUUGUCUUUCCCUGCAAUGUUCAGAUAAGGAAUACUUAUGCAUAGAGCAUCAGUAACACAAGCGACCUGCAGUUUCUCCAAGAACAUAUAUGUUGGAUAACGAUUCGAAGAAAUAACUCAAGAAUGCUCAAAUGCUUGGCCCUCCUAUCAAGAACCCAAAUGCCAGCUCUGCGCUUCUUUUACUUGCAGGGAUCGAACAAGAUCUGACAGGACUCUGCAUCCUUAGCUUUUAUGCUGCUUUAGAACAGACAUCUACCUACAGGCCGCACAGCAGCACCAGCGAUUAACCACAAUUAUCUUGUUGCUAGUGUAUCAAUUUUAGACUGUUUGAUUUUGCAAAAAAAAGAAAGAGACUGUUUGCAGACUACCAUAGCCAUCCAUGUAGAGUUUGGGUGCCAUCAUGGAAGAGGAAGAGCAGAGAGCUGCAUUUCCAUAGCAACAGCUGUUUAGCUUUGUUCACCAUAACCUAUAACAGAUUCGUUA